AAAUAAACGUGAGUUAUAAUUUUGGAAAAAGUUUUUAAUACAAAUACUAUUCCUAAUUGAAAAGUAAAAUCAGAAGACAAAAAUAAUUAAAAAUAGCAAAUUAACUAGAACUUUUUAGAAUAUCUUUAUAACUCUAUAUUUAUAAUGUUUAAUUUUUUUAGCCGAAUCCCUACACCCGUAUCCACACUCGGAUUCGCACCCCCGAAUCUUAAAAUUUAUAUUUCGACGAAUCCGGCUCUCGGAUUCGCACCCGUCUCGGAUACCCGCACCCGAGUCCAAGCAACUUAGGGUGGCAGCUCAGGGGUUUUGAUACCUAGCAUGGGUCGAUCCUAAUUGAUCUAUUUAUGGGUGGCAGCUCAGGGGUUUUGAUACCUAGCAUGGGUCGAUCCCAGUUGAUCUAUUUAUGGGUGACAGCUCAGGGGUUAUGAUACCUAGCAUGAGCCGAUCUCAGUUGAUGUAUUUAUGAGGGUCAUCCUCUUCUUCUACCACUGAUCAGUUGUUCAUUGUAUCAUAUGCUACAUAGCUUAUAAAAUAAAGAAACGUAAAGUAAAAACUGUAAUGUACAUGAUUCCUCAAUUAUAAGAAAAGGUGGUCUAUCCUUAUCUAAUAAAUUCAUUGAUACUUGAUAUCAUUUGAGCUCUUAUUUUACAUAAUAUGGUCACUUUAUGCCUUAUAUACUCAGUACAUUCUUUCGUACUGAUGUCUCCCCAUUGCCUGGGGGCACUGCAUUCAUGCCUGCAGGUUAUGAGGAAAAAGGUCCUUGCCGCGUAUGAUUGAGUUCAGCGGAUGGUUGGUAUGCUUCGUUCUUUCCGGAGAUGCCGAGUCUAGAGUUUGUUUUAGCUUGUAUAAUUAAUGAAUACUAUGGGGCCUGUCCCGACUAAUGAUCAGUGAUUUCUCAUCUUAUAAGCUUGUAGAUAAUUGUUGCUGUGGGUCCAGUGGUCAGUCAGUCCAAUUGUCCUUAUAUUAUACUUUUGUUAUAUUUGCAUUUAUUUCGGUUGUAUUGUUUUCAAAUUCAAUUUGGCCUCGACAGUCCACUGAUGUUGUUUGGUUUCCAUUGAUUCAUUUAGUCAAGUAUGGCACCGGGUGACAGUCGCGCCUCUGCGGUUUAGGGGUGUGACAGUAAGGCUGCAUACAAUAGACUCGGCCCUUCCCCGGACCCUUCGCAUAGCGGGAGCUUUAGUGCGCCGGGUUGCCCUUUUAAUUUUUUUUUGUAAAAAGAAUACUGUAUAGACACUCUAUUUGGCGAUUUUGGAAAUAUUCUUUAGACACUAUCUAUUUGGCGAUUUUGGAAUCUUCAUAAGUACAGUUUUAGCUUGUUUGACAGUUUUUUAAUCUCUUUUAAGAAUGGUUACUGCAUAUUUUUGUGCAAUGUAUAAAAUCUGUUACCAUUUCAAAAAAACAAGGUUUUUCCUCCUAUGACCUCUCGAGUAUGCAGAUUGUUGACUUGAAAGAAAAGAAAAAGGAAACUCCUGACGACGAAGCUAAAUCAAGGAAGCUGAAUCAUGCUAUCACAAGUUCAACAUCAAAUGAUAAUAUCUUGACAAGACAAAGCAUCAGUGAUAUCUUUGAUGAAGAUUUCGAGGAAUUGAGGACAAAUCAGCCCACUCAUGCUGAAAGCGAUGUAAAUUAUGAUUUGUACUUGAAAGGCUGUGAUUGAGUGGCAGGAGGUAUGGAAGAGAGUGGCUGUUUCUUUUGAGGACCAACGUUGAUUCUAGUGUUAUUUAGGUCCAAAUGAUUGUAACUAUAACCCUUUAGUUUCUGUGCGUAACUUAGAUUCUAGUGGCAGUCUUUAAGUAUAAAUGAUCGUAAAUAUAAUCCUCUGGAUUCUUCCGACGA